UGCCUUUCAUCCGAGAAGUUCAAGGCACUUUGUAGAACUUCUGCCACAGGCCGCGCGUGGGUCUUGCAGCACAUUUGUAAGCAAUGGCUGCCAUCCGGAAGAAAUUGGUGAUUGUUGGUGAUGGAGCCUGUGGCAAGACUUGCUUGCUCAUCGUUUUUAGCAAGGACCAGUUCCCAGAGGUGUAUGUGCCUACGGUGUUUGAGAACUAUGUGGCAGACAUUGAAGUGGAUGGAAAGCAGGUCGAGUUGGCUUUGUGGGACACAGCCGGACAGGAGGAUUAUGAUCGCUUGAGGCCCCUCUCCUACCCGGACACGGAUGUUAUCCUGAUGUGUUUCUCCAUCGACAGCCCUGAUAGUUUAGAAAACAUCCCAGAAAAAUGGACUCCGGAAGUCAAGCAUUUCUGUCCCAAUGUGCCCAUCAUCCUGGUUGACAAGAAGGAUCUUCGAAAUGAUGAGCACACAAGGCGGGAGCUAGCCAAGAUGAAGCAGGAGCCAGUAAAACCGGAAGAAGGCAGAGAUAUGGCAAACAGGAUUGGCGCUUUUGGGUACAUGGAGUGCUCAGCAAAGACCAAAGACGGAGUGAGGGAGGUUUUCGAAAUGGCCACGAGAGCUGCUCUGCAGGCCAGGCGUGGGAAGAAGAAAUCCGGGUGCCUUGUUUUGUGAGCCCGCUGCAAGCACAGCCCUC